AAAUUCAGAUGGGAUCACCGUCGGUCACCGUUAUCUCGCCGCCUUGAUCUCGCCGUGCCGUUUCAUAAAACCGCAGCGGGGAUUGUUUACAACUCCGUAACUAAACACAACUGUGUACUUGCCGUAAAUUAUCAAGCGUUCUUUGAAUUACAAUUUCAUGUCAAUACUUAUUUUGUUACGAAUGGUUAUAAAGCAAACAAGCUACGUAAAGGUAGGAAAAAUAUUUGUGAAAACAUAUCGUUUUGGUGAUUAUAUUUAUAAGAAUAGAUUUAUCGAUGACAGCAUACAGCCAGGCAAGCAGAAGUUGUGGCGCGGCGAAGACAUAAACAAGGCCAAGGCCAACCAAGGCCAGCCCAGGGCGAUAAAUACGUAUGGAUAGGGCCAGCCUAUGGAUAGAAGCGAUUGUUGAGGAGGUCUUCGUUGAGCGACUGGUGUGAGGUAAACUUGAGGUUACUCCAGUUUUUUUUUAAGCUUUUGUAUCUUCUUAGAAUAAGUUAUUAAAGCAAGACAUGUCUAGAAGGUUACAGAGAAAUGCAAAGCUGCCGAUUUUUAGAAUGCUUUUGGACAAGAAGGAGGUCCUUAGUGGGAGACUUCAGGGGGCGACCGCAAAGCAAGAGAGGGCCGCAGCAUGGAGGGAGGUGCUGCAGCUGGCCAAAUCGCUAGGGUUCGCGGACGAUGCAACCUCUGCUCGCAGUUUCAAAAAGGCAUUUGUUGGUAAUGUCGUCCGUGCCAGCAGAGCCGCUCGCGACAAAUGCCGUCGAACCGACGUCAGCGGUGGCAGGCACCUAGACGAGCUGGAUGAGCUGGCCCUAGCCUUCCACGGAUCUGAGGCGGACAAUGCGGUCAAACCCGGCGCUGUGUCAUCGCUGGGGCCUAGCCCCAGCCAGGAACCAGCAGCACCAGCAGCAGAGCCAGAGAGCCACGAGCUCUACCCGGUGAUUGAUUGUGAAGACGGUGGGGUGGAAAGCCAGGGUACUGGUGUGGAGGGAGAGAGGGUCAUUGGGGAGGAAGAGAGGGUCAUUGAGGAGGUCGACGUGGGGACAGGCCACGGGCGCGGGGCGCCGGAGAGGCAGCCAACGGCAUCGGGGAGUCGGGAAGAGGCGCGGGCUGCGUUUGAGGAGCUGAUGUCGCGGGACGAGUCCGAGUUGUUGGACCAUGAACGCCCCAAGGUAAAAGCCAUCUUGCAAAACAUGCUUCUUCGCGAGCUUCUUGUGAAGGUCCAGCGCGACGAUACCUUUUCGUUCCUGCUAACUCAGUAGAGCUGACCCCGUAAUGAGGGUCCAGCGCGACGACACCUUUCCGUUUCUGCUAACUCAGUAGAGCUGACCCCAUAAUGAGGGUCCAGCGCGACGACACCUUUCCGUUCCUGCUAACUCAGUAGAGCUGACCCCGUAAGGCGUACGUGAAUGGUGGAGUAGGUGCGCAAUGUUUGUUGCUUGAGUAAAUGAGACGCGUUCAAAUGUUGGUGUUAAGCCAUGUUGUGGAAAUACGUGUGCCAAUCGUUAACAGGUUAGCUUCUUUUUUACUCUUUGUCUUGUUUUCAGAGUGUUAAAUAAAUAAACAUGCUUUUUACCAACGCGAAUACAUAACCUCCCUGCCAA